CACACACACCAUAUGAGUUCUCUAGAAGAGCCAUGAGAAAGAAAAAAAAUAUGACACACGUUUGAGUUAGUUACAACUGUUUUGUAUUAAAAAAACGUUUCCACUGCCCUUAUGCUUUCUUCAAGCUAAAAGAUUGCGACCUUUAAUGAAAGUAUCCGCCAUGAGAAUGAAUUUUCUUGCUCUGGGUUUGUCUCUGUGUCUUGUUCUUUCGAGCUUCCAUGACGUUUCUUGUCAGGAUGAUGGUGGUGCUAGUAGGCUGAGUCAUUUGGAUCUAAUUGAACGUGAAUACCAAGAUAGUGUCAAUGCUCUUCAAGGCAAGGAAGAUAAAGAUCAGUCUUCAGAUAUAGUGACUGAGAACCAGAAGAACACUACAGUGACUGAUCAGAACACUAUUUCUCUGUCUCUGUCUGAUGAAUCUGAGGGCACUACUUUCAGUGAUUCAGCUGAUAACUCAAACCAGGUUGGAGCUGUUAGUGAUGAAAGUGUUCAACGUUCGAGUCUCUUAGAUCAAAUAGAACUUGAAUUUGAAGCCCAUCUCAAUGGUCUGAACCAAGCUGGAUCUGAUGGUGCCAAGGACAGUGAAGAAUUAUCUGCUGAGAGACAGAAGAUGUUGGAAGAAAUCGAACGAGAGUUUGAAGCUGCUUCAACUAGUUUGAAACAAGUAAAGACUGAUGAAGGAAAUGAUGAAGAACAAUCUGCAAAGAGAAAAAGUAUGCUUGAAGAGAUCGAACGCGAGUUUGAAGCCGCUAUUGAAGGCCUUGAAGAACUCAAAGUUUCUGAUUCUACCGGAAGCAAUGAUGAUGAAGAACAAUCUGCAAAGAGACUAAGUAUGCUUGAGGAGAUAGAACGCGAAUUCGAAGCUGCUACAAAAGGUCUUGGACAACUCAAGGCUAAUGAUUCAACCGGGGACAAAACUGAAGAAGAACAAGAUGCAAAGAGACAGAGUAUAUUAGAAGAGAUCGAACGCGAUUUCCAAGCUGCUACAGAGAGCCUUAAGCAACUUCAAGUUGAAAGCUCCAGUGAAGACACAGAACAAACUGCAAAGAGACAAAGUAUGCUUGAAGAAAUUGAACGUGAAUUUGAAGCUGCUACACGUGAUCUUAAACAACAAAAUGAGUUCACUGAUGAUGAUCAAUCUGCAAAGAGGAAGAGUAUGCUUGAAGAGAUGGAACGUGAGUUUGAAGAUGCUAUUCAAGGUCUUCAACAGAUAAAAUCUGAUGAUUCCAUAAACAAUGAAGAACAAUCUGCUAAGAGAAAGUUAAUGUUGGAAGAGAUCGAACGCGAAUUUGAAGAAGCUCAGAGUGUAAUGAAACAGAGGGGUUCCAUUACACCAGAGUUUCUUGGACUAGGACAGUCAGGUGUCUGUGGCUGUUUCAAUCAAGACAAUUCUGGUUUAAAGCAAGAUGAAGUGGCAUCAAUCUCUAUAUCACACAGUAUAGCAUAGAAAGAGAUCCUCUCAGAAGAAUCUGAACUCCAGGGAACAGAGACUUCUUCUAGUCUCACUAAGUCUUUGACUCAACUAGUUGAGAAUCACAGGAAAGAAAAGGAAUCUCAUAAUGUUCUCACUUCAUCCAGAAGUGAAUCAGCAGCCACAUCAGAGACUGUAGAGAGCCUUAGAGCUAAACUGAAAGAGCUUCGUGGCUUAACCGCUCGUCAGCUCGUGACACGUCAAGACUUUGAUAAGAUUCUCGUCAUGGCUGCAACUUUCGAAGAGCUAAGCUCAGCUCCGAUCAGUUACAUUUCUAGGUUAGCUAAGUACAGAAACGUCAUCACAGAAGGACUUGAAGCUUCUGAGCGUGUCAACAUCGCAAAGCAAGCUACAAUGCUCAAAGAGACUGCCACUGAGAAGCAAACCUUCGUGGACGCUAACUUCGAGGAGGCUAAAAGGCUUGCUCAGAGAGGAGACGCGUUGUACGUGAGAAUCUUUGCGAUCAAGAAACUGUUGAAGAAGCUUGAAACAGAGAGAGAAGCUGUUGACGUGAAGUUUAAGGAGGUUGUGAAAGGUCUCUCUCAUCUUCUUGUUGAUGCUUCAGAGGCUUACGAGGAGUAUCAUGGAGCUGUGAGGAAGGCGAAAGAGGAAGCAAGCGGCUGAGGAGUUGCGAGAGAGGCAAUGGAGAGUGCACAGAUCAUAUGGGUUAAGUUUCUUAGUUCUCUUUAGGGAGGAGCUGAGAUUCUUGGUUGUGUUUAGAGCCAAUGUGGAGGUCUUGUUUGGUCUUGUUUUGUAUUUUAUGUUGAUGUUUUGUUUCAGACUUUGUGUGUUGGUUAUAUCAGGAGAGAGAGAGAUUGGAGAUAGACACUAAAAUAAAUAAUGUUUUUUCAGAUUUCAAAUAAAAUAAAGAUUUCAAUAA